UACUACUGUGUGUUACAGCUCUAUUGGUACACCAGAAAGCCAGAAUGGAACGACUUCAAAGAGAACUUGAGAUUCAAAAGAAAAAGCUGGAUAAACUAAAAUCUGAGGUCAAUGAAAUGGAAAAUAAUCUAACUCGAAGGCGCCUGAAAAGAUCAAAUUCCAUAUCCCAAAUACCUUCACUCGAAGAAAUGCAGCAGUUGAGAAGUUGUAAUAGACAACUCCAGAUUGACAUUGACUGCUUAACCAAAGAAAUUGAUCUUUUUCAAGCUCGAGGACCACAUUUUAAUCCCAGCGCUAUUCAUAACUUUUAUGACAAUAUUGGAUUCGUAGGUCCUGUGCCGCCAAAACCCAAAGAUCAAAGGUCCACCAUUAAAACACCAAAGACUCAAGACACAGAAGAUGAUGAGGGGGCUCAGUGGAAUUGUACUGCCUGUACUUUCUUGAACCAUCCAGCCUUAAUCCGCUGUGAACAGUGUGAGAUGCCCAGGCAUUUCUGAGCCAGAAGGCCCUAUAUCCUCUCUAAAGCCACAUCUGAAGUUCAAGAAACUAGUUUGUCACCGGGGAACAGUUUCACUGCUACAUAGGAUUUUGUCAGAUUGGAGGUGUGACAAGAUGGCGUUAUGCUAAUAUUCAAUGUCAGCCCACAGAGCUAAUAAUACCUCAGUGUGAUGUCCUGGGCAGGUGAAGUUCAUCACAAGGAAGGUGAUCUGCUGAAAGACGUGGCUGCCGCUGCCCCACCGUGCACAGUGUUACCAGUGUCCCGCAUGGAUCACUCAGCGUGUUCAUGCCUAGCUGUUCCCAGUACCUUUUUCCCCUCAUGUCGCUACUGAAUUUUGACAGGAGGAAGGAAUGGAACGAUAGCUUUUUUUAUUUUAAAGCUUUCAGUGAAACACUACGUACAUGAAGAAAAGGAACAAGGUUUAACUAUUUAAAAACUUUGCUGCCGCAUAGCGCGGGUGGCUAGGGGAAGAACUUCACGAAUCUGUGGUACUCUUGGCCUCGUCUCUGUCUUCCCUGAAAACGUCUCCCUCUGUGAAGCCAGCAUCUAGGGUCUCAGUGGAAAAGGAGAGCAGCAUGCGUGGUCUGUACCAGCGCCCAGCGACCCCCAGAGCUUUUCCUCCUGUACAGAUCUCUCGAGUCUGCCUUAAGUGAUUGCUCUUCUUCAUUAUUUUCUUAUAUUUCUAUAUGUAUAGUGUAAUAGCCUUUUGUUAACUAAUUUUCUUUUUUCCUUUUAGUGGUUAAGCACGAUCAUGUCCCCUUUUAAGCCUUACCAGAGAGAAGCAAUGCCUUAAAAUAAAAAAGCAUUAAUGACAUGAAACUAUGCACAAAAUAACUGUCUUCUACUUACUCUGUACUUUGCCCUCGUGAGUGCCGAUGUUCUGUGAAGACAUCCAGAUACCGCACAGUGGAUUGCAGAAAAGUAUCACAAGCGUCAAGGCAAGAAUUCUUGCGAGUAUACAGGCCACACUGUAUUCUGACUUCGGCAGUGGGUGACACAGUGUUUUGUCUUCCACAGUGAAGCGUAAAACAAAAGGUAUUUUUAACCCGCUGACGGAGCUUCAUCUGCUUGGUGUCCCACAGAACGUUCCUAAGAGAUUAUUGGGAAAGUACAGAUUCAGAACCAGCGACAGCAGCAGUACCCACAGCCCUGUGGUUGGAGAAAAGCUUAGUGCUUUACCGUUGGGGCAAUCCAUCUCUAAACCUGACUUGGUGGCAGUGUCAUGUGUAUUUAUAAAACAAGGCUAGUCACAUCUAGGACAACUGAAGAAAAGCUGGAAAAAAAGAAAAACAAGCAAACUUGAACACUGAAGCAACCUCAAGCAUCUCUUUAUUUUGAUGAUAUAUUUUUGUAAGGAAAAUAAAUAUUCAGAUGAUCAGGAAUGUAUAUAACUAAAUGAAAUCAGAAAAGAAAUAACAGUAUGCAUUUAAAAAGACAGAAUUAUGAAAUUAUAUAUCAGUGCUUAGAGUGGGGCUAAGGGAGGUGCUGAAAUACAGCAAAAGACAGGGGCUAAUGUAGACCAUCACCCACUGUAAAUAUUUGCAAGUGGCUCUGUUUUAAAUAAACAGGAAGGUUACAGGUGAUUUCUAGGAAUGUCAAGGUCUUGACUUUCAGGCUUUGCAUUUUGUAUAUGGGAAGAAAUCUGACAAUCCUACUUAAUUAGACAAUAGACCCGAAGCCCUUACGUUGAUGCAUUUUGUUUUAAAAACAGGCCUUGUUUUUCAGCUUCAUCUGCAGUUCUAUGUGAAGAUUGAUAAAUCAGUUUUUACUUGUUUUAUUAAUAAAACGUAAUUUGGAUA